AUGCAGGACGGGGUGCUCAAGGAGGGCUUCCUGGUGAAGAGGGGUCACAUUGUCCACAACUGGAAGGCUCGAUGGUUCAUCCUUCAGCAGAACACACUACUCUACUACAAGCUCGAGGGGGGCCGGAAGGUGAACCCACCAAAGGGCCGGAUCCUUCUGGACGGCUGCACCAUUACCUGUCCCUGCCUGGAUUAUGAAAACCGACCUCUCCUCAUUAAGCUGAAGACUCGCACAUCCACCGAGUACUUCCUGGAGGCCUGCUCUCGAGAGGAGAGGGACGCCUGGGCCUUCGAGAUAACCGGGGCUAUUCACGCAGGGCAGCCAGGCAAAGUGCAACAGCUGCAUGUCCUGAAAAACUCCUUCAAGCUGCCCCCCAACAUCAGCCUGCUAGCUAUUGUGAGCAGAUUGCAUGAUGGCAGCAGUGGAAUCCGGUCAAGCCCCAACAUGGAGCAGGGAAGCACCUACAAAAAGACCUUCAUAGGCUCUGCCCUGGUAGAUUGGCUCAUCUCCAACAACUUCUCGGCCAGCCGCCUGGAGGGUGUGACUCUGGCCUCUGUGCUCUUGGAGGAGAACUUUCUUAGGCCCGUGGGCUCACGAAGCAUGGAAGCCGUGCGUUCUGGGGAUCUGGCCGAGCAGUUUCUAGAUGACUCCACGGCUCUAUACACCUUUGCUGAGAGCUACAAAAAAAAGAUGAACCACAAAGAUGAGCUCAACCUCAGUACAAUGGAGUUAAGUGGCACCGUGGUCAAGCAAGGCUAUCUGGCCAAACAGGGACACAAGAGGAAAAACUGGAAAGUUCGACGCUUUGUCCUGAGGAAGGACCCGGCUUACCUGCACUACUACGACCCUUCCAAAGAAGAGAACCGGCCAGUCGGGGGUUUUUCUCUUCGUGGCUCUCUCGUGUCUGCCCUGGAGGAUAAUGGUGUUCCCACAGGGGUUAAAGGAAAUGUCCAGGGAAAUCUCUUCAAAGUGAUCACCAAGGAUGAUACGCAUUAUUAUAUCCAGGCUAGCAGUAAGGCUGAACGGGUUGAAUGGAUUGAAGCUAUCAAGAAGCUGACAUGACAAGACAUAAGGGGACAGGACCAGGGUAUUCCGUUUCAUCUGAUGCGACCAGAUGAUAGGCAGGAUUUCCUGGAGGAGACGGACUUUUCAC